AUGUUCCAUUUUCCAGCUGAACGACAUUGGAGUCAAGAAGAAAGUCAUACUGUAGAUGAAACUUUAUCGCUUGAUUUGGAAAAAAAACAUCGAGCCCAUUCAGUAACUGUUAAUCAAAUGCAUAUUGAAGUAAAAUUCAUUAUUAUUUUUCGGAAAAAUGAUUACUUACCUCUUCAUGUAACGAUUAAUGUGUUAUAGGGAUGAGCAGAUAUCGCGCACUAUGUGAUCUAUAGUUAAAAUAUUCCGAUUCUCUUACUUCUUGACCUCGUAAUUAUCAAACGAUCA